AUGAAGUUUAAAAUUUUAAAUAUCUUUUCCAACGAUAAAAAAUUAAAUAAAAAAAAAAAAAAGGAAUCGAUUUUAGUAGAUUUACGAAAUAAUAAUAAUAAUAAUAAUAAUAAUAAUAAUAAUAAUAAUAAUAAUAAUAAUAAUAAUAAUAAUAAUAAUAAUAAUAAUAAUAAUAAUAAUAAUAAUAAUAAUAAUAAUAAUAAUAAUAAAAUUAAAAAUAAAGAUAGUUUAUCAUCAUCUUCAAAUUUUACAACAAUUUCAUCAAAUUAUACAACAAGCACAAUAAGUAGUAAUUGUAGUAGUAAAAUUAGUUAUAAUUCACUUUGUAAUAAUACUUGUAAUAAAAAUACAUAUAUAAAUAAUGUUAAUAAAAGAAGUAAUAAUGAUGAAAAUUAUUAUAAUAUUAAUAAUAAAAAGUUUGCACGUGUUGGUACAACCUUUGAUAUAAAGUCAUUUUUUCAUUCAAAUGAAGGUUUAGAUUUAGAUUUAGAUGAUGGUAAUGAUGAAGAUUAUGAAAAUGAUUUUUCUAAAACAAAAACAAAUGAUUUUAAUGAAACCAAUUUUUAUAGAAGUUCAAGUUCGCUAUUUAGAAGUACAAUUUCAAAAAAUUCAAAUUAUUAUUAUGAAAAUAAUAAUCAAUACUCACUUUCAAGUGUAUUUAUUAGUUGUUUUGAUACUUAUAACCCAAAAAAGUAUCCAUAUCAAACCAAAUAA